AUGAGUCUACCACAAGAUGUAAUCACAGAGAUCCUGUCAAGAACACCGGCAACAUCACUCCUCCGAUUCAAAUGCGUCUGCAAAUCAUGGCACAAGAUCAUCAACGAUCCCGCAUUCAUCCUCAAACACCACCAAACCAUCUCACGCUUGCCCGAAUCCGAGGUGGUGAUGAUCAGCCGCCGCAGCAACGCCACCAACAGGCGAGUCUUCUCGCUGCUGAGGAACCCCGCCGACGUCGUUGAUCUCGACCUCCCCACGUUACUCAACGACAUGUUCGGCCACGUCCGCCUCAUCGGCCCAUGCAACGGCGUCGUCUGCCUCUACGGGUAUUAUGACAAUAUCGAGCUCUGGAAUCCGACGAUCAGGUGCUUUAAGAAGAUUCCGUCGUCGGAGCUGCAACGCCCCCCGAAUUCUAAGAUUCGGGGAGGCGAUCUCGGCCUCGGGUUUGACCCUACGACCCAAGAUAUCAAGGUAUUGCAGAUUCUAUAUUGUGUUUCAAUGGAUUCCCAAAUAGCUUAUCAAGUUGAAAUAUACUCAUCAAGAAAGAACUGUUGGAAGAAAUUGGAAACGUAUGUGCCAGCAAAUAUCAUGUGCUAUAAUCUAUGGAGCAUGGUGUACAAAAACCAAAAAUAUUGUUGGUGGGCCCAAGAUAAAAAUAACGUUGAGGUGAUACUUUCAUUUAAUAUGGUUGAUGAGGUGUUCGAAACGACAGAAUUGCCCUCCGACGUUGAGCCACUCGGAGGGCAACAUAGGACAACUCGGGCAAUCGUGCCACUAAAGGAGUGGCUGGUUUUGAUUGUGUAUCGACAGAGAGAAGAUGAGAAGGUUUUUGAUAUGUGGAUAUUGAAGGAGGUCGGAGGAGGAGGAGGAGGAGGUGAGGCUUGGAGUAAGUUGAUGAGCAUGGGGCCAAUCCGGGGAGUGGAGAAGGUGCUGGGGUUGUGGAAUACGUACGAGUGCAUGUUUGAGAGUGGGACGGGAGAGAUGGUUCUGUAUAACCGCGUUACUCAGGAAACGAAGAAUCUUGGGAUAUAUGGUAAGCGGAGUAAGUUGGAGGUGGUUGUUAUGACAGAGAGCUUGUUUUCGAUGGAUUAA